AUGCCGCAACUUGGCGAGCACCCCGCCCACACGACCUUGAACCCCACGGCCUUCAACCCCACGGCCUUCAACCCCACGGCCUUCAACCCCACGACCUUCAACCCCACGGCCUUCAACCCCACAACCUUCAACCCCGCGGCCUUCAACCCCACGACCUUCAACCUCACGGCCUUCAACCCCACGGCCUUAAACCCCACGACCUUCAACCCCACGGCCUUCAACCCCACGGCCUUCAACCCCACGGCCUUCAACCCCACGGCCUUCAACCCCACGACCUUCAACCCCACGACCUUCAACCCCACGACCUUCAACCCCACGACCUUCAACCCCACGACCUUCAACCCCACGACCUUCAACCCCAUGACCUUCAACCCCACGACCUUCAACCGCACGACCUUCAACCCCACGACCUUCAACCCCACGACCUUCAACCCCACGACCUUCAACCCCACGACCUUCAACCCCACGACCUUCAACCGCACGACCUUCAACCCCACGGCCUUCAACCCCACGACCUUCAACCCCACGACCUUCAACCCCACGACCUUCAACCCCACGACCUUCAACCCCACGACCUUCAACCCCACGACCUUCAACCCCACGACCUUCAACCCCACGGCCUUCAACCCCACGACCGUCAACCCCACGACCUUCAACCGCACGACCUUUAACCCCACGGCCUUCAACCCCACGGCCUUCAACCCCACGACUUUCAACCCCACGACCUUCAACCCCACGACCUUCAACCCCACGGCCUUCAACCCCACGACCUUCAACCCCACGACCUUCAACCGCACGACCUUCAACCCCACGACCUUCAACCCCACGACCUUCAACCCCACGACCUUCAACCCCACGGCCUUAACCCCACGGCUUUCAUCCCCACGACCUUGA